AUGCAUCUCUCCUCUGGGUUCGUUAUUCUCCUCGAAUUGUAUUUACCGAUAACCAUACACAGCAAAUACUCCGGUGAAUUUAGUCUCCGUGCACUUGCACGGGUGUUCUUCGUGGAAUACUUUAAGACCUGUUUUGAUUGCGUUAUUCGGUAAAAUAUGCAUCACGGUUCGCGCGUAUCCCAGUAUCCUGAUUGUACAAUCCCUAGUACGAAUUUCAUAUCAAGGCGAUGGCGACUCGCUUUCGAAAAUUCACGAUGAGUACGGCGUCUGGGCGCGAAUUUCGUUCAAUUUAAUGCUGUCGAGGCGAUAUCGAAAAGUCGUGAUACAUCGCCAUACGGCAACAGCCGUGGGUCUGACCGUGCUAGCGAAGCUUUCGGUGAAGUACGCAUUUGCCAUAUUCGAACGGUUUUCCCCAUACCCCUAUUGUAUGAAUUUUCCCUCAAAGUCUUUCAAUUCACAAGCCCCAUCACCCCAAAAUUAAUUUGAGCGGAAGUUAUUUUAAUAUCUUUUGACCGUGAGUGUGCAAUGUUGCUCUGCCGCAAGGCUAGCGUUUGAUGUUAACCCGUGGCUUAUUUUAUGAUUAGCUGACUUUUGGCAGCGUUGACAACCGUCCGUUCUCGUUACUGGCCUUAGUGGAGUCAGAUGUCAGUUGUGCCUUGUAGUUUAACCUGAUAACUAGCCCCACACAGGCAGUAAAAUCUGAGUUCCUUGUACAAAAAGUCAAAUGCUGUUGUAAUCUGGUCAGGGAAGCCCAUUUACCGCGUGCAGUGGAUAUGAACAUCAUGAGAGAUAAGUGAACCUAUCACCCAAGACUAGUGUUCUGGCGCAGGCAUUGAGGGCCCUCUUGAACAGUUUCGUGAAAGCCGUGUCUCCAACAGGCUGAGGUUAGCUGAUAGUGGCCUACUGUAUUUGUUGUAUGCAUCUAAAUGUUGCUAACUUAUCUUUGUAAUCAGCCAACCAAUGAGUCCUUCAUACUCCAGCCCUUAAAAUUGAUGUUGCUCAAGCCAUCAAAGUCUUCUUGGAUAACCUGACACAUAUUCGCGAUGUUGUCACGGCGAGUGCGGACCGUCUCAUCCGAGGCUAAGUCGAUUCACCUAAUUCGAUGGAUGGUCCUCAGGUAGCGGUGGUCAAAUGCCUCCGUUUUUCUCCCAUCUACGUGCAAAACCCAGCAUUCGCAGUCGUAGAAGAGGACUUACUGGACGGAUUCACGGCACGCGCAGAUUUUCGUGUUGAUUGAAGUGUCAUAUUGGGCUCAUCGGCACUAAGAAUUAGAAAAACCUUUCGGACAGCAUCGAUUCAGGGGACGAUGUCGCCCUUACUUUGUCCGUUGGGCAACAGCCUCCCUCCGAGGUAUUUGAAACUGUCUACUGCAACCUGAAAACACCAUCUCAGCGUUUAUGGGAAAACUGGUAAAUUUAACGACUCUGUUUACCCGUGACAUUACAGAUUAGAUCACCAGAGCUUGAGGCUAUCAAGGCGACCUCGUCAACGUAGUCAAGACCAGUCAAAUGCCGUUGGGGUGCGAACUCCGCACCUUAAAAACCUAGUGUCUUUUCGAGAAUCUAGUCAGUGCUGUAAUUGAACAGAAUGGGCGACAGGACUCAACAUUGUCGAGCAUCAGAUCGGACGUAAACUGGUUGUGGCAGAUUGUUACAGACUAGAACUUGCGCACUGGUGGGGCGAUAGUAGGCCGUGGUUUGGCGAUUAUUUUGGCCGACAAACCAUCUAGCUGCAUUGUCCGCCUCAGAGACUCGCGAUAGACAAAAUCAACCGCAGUGGUGAAGUCAACAAAACAAACGGCGUCGAUUGCUAGCAGCCAUGGCAAAAUUUCAGAAUUCGUCCCGGUGUUUCUGGUCCGCCUAUCCACGCCCUGAUUGUGCCGGUUUGCAACUUACGUUUGGGCGUACAUGGAGGCGACAGAGAUGUUUCUAAAAUGAUCCCUCAGUCAGGCAUAACCCGUCCGGUCAUUGAAUGGUUCCCAUGCCAAUAGUGCACGGCUCGCCCAUUGUUAGAGGGCGAUUGCCACACCAUGUCUACCAGAAGAAUCGUUUGAGUCGCUGCAGUACAAUAUGAAGUGGGAGCUGACUCCCCGUAUCUCUAUUUCUCGAGUGCCCGAGUGGGGGGUUCGGGCUUCUGACGGGCAGCAGACAUCUACUUUGUACUGAUAAUGACUGCGCGACGUCAGACCUGGGGUGCCAGGGUCCAAAAAUUUGCAAAUUCCACUUUUAACUACCAAGAGCCCGUUCCCGAUUGGGUAGUCAAUCUCUCAUACGAUUCGUUUGCACCACUUGGCUGAGGUUGCAGGGCUCCUCGAUUCCCGUAGACGCCGUAAUACUGCAAUUGGAUAUUUCCAUGCGGUUUCUUGGAAUUUUUUUCGCACUUAGUCUUAGAACCUCAACCACAAGACAGUGGUGGCAAAAAACUUAUUUAAUGACGGUUCACGGUCACCAUGACAAAAUGCCGUCAUCAGGUUUUGCGACACUAUAAGGUUAUUUGUGCGCCAGACGCCGGCCCUUCUCGCUUCGGUUGCAUUGUCGCUGCUGGUCCCCAACUGCUUAUUCGUCAGAUUCGAGAGCCUUCUCUUCUCGGAGCUAACAUUCGCUGAAGUCUUUUGUGCCAUCCGCCACCUGUGGACACGCCACGUAGCCAGCAGCUUGGCAAACGGGUAACCCGCCGCCCCGCAUACGAGAAAACGCAGGACAAUAAUUCUGUCACAAUGACCGCCCCCUCCAAGUACUGUGCCGUUUCAGAGUCUUCGAGCACUGCCAAGCUAAGACAAAGGAGCUGAAGUGAUGUUUUUUUGAGUUUGUGGGGGCACUGAACAUCGGUGGGAAAAUUCGCACAAGUCGAUUUCCGCCCUACUGGGGAUGUGUUGAGCAAAUAGUAACCCUGAGAUGAACCCUGAGCAGUAACAUUGUUUUCAAUUGGAGACGAUGGUCUGUUUCCUUAGUCAACCAAACUGCUCACUGCAAGUUAGUGAAGACUGAUGAUGCGUUCCGAAGCUUACUGACUUGAUCAAUCUUAUUAGUGACCCGCGCAUAGAGAAAUCGGAGUUUCUGGUUAAGAGAGCGAGUACCUCGCUACCAACAUCGUUGUCCGUUUAUAUUUCGCUCUUUCUUCAGUCCGUUUUAACAAGACUACGAGGGCGUCCGGCUUUGAUAAGGCUCUGCCUUGAAUCUUGCCUAUGCCAAUGACAUCGUCUUAGAAAUUACGCCGAAGAAUAAGGAUCCACUCCUAGCCGAAUAGUUUUUGCAUCCCGCACAUUUGAACUGAAACUGGGCGUUCGCAAAAUCAAAGUUACACAGGAAAAUGCGGAGUGACCGAGGAUGGGCUAUGUCUAAUGCACAAUCUUCUAAAUGUAAACAGCCAAACAUUCUUCCAUACUCAUACAAAACGCAAAUCAUUGGUUUAGAGGAUGGCUGACUAAUGAAAUCACUCGGCUCUUCAUUGCAGCGAGAACCAGACAGCAAUGGCUCCUCCCAGUUUCAGAUUUUAAGGCGACUGUCCUCGAUAAGAGCCUGGUCUACGUGGGGUUGGGGGCCACACCGUGUGUGGCACGCGUAGAGAUGACUUCAGUUACUGCAUCCACGCCAAUCCGACUGUCUUGACUCAGCUCACCUGUCGGACCAUGGUGCGGUUGGAAGGAAAUAACAAUGUGAUAAUGUGUAGAUCCUUUUCAUUAUGAACAGAUUCACGCGUGAAUCGUUACUGCGCCCUUCCCGAGCACUGAUGAACGUGGCCGCUUGUCACAGACGAGCUGCCAUGGUAUCUGUCGUCGUCGUCGUCGUCGUCGGAUGCGCCAUCGCCACAGGCUCUUAGGCGGACUGACCAUUUUAUUACCAGAAAUCGAUGUUCUAGACUUGUGGCUUAUUUAUUUACUCUGUCCGCGAUAAUGUAAACUCUCUCUCUCUCUUGUUUUUUUAGUCUUUCGAGUGCAAACGUGAACUGGAAAUGUCCUGACUGGAGGAGCUACAAGGUCGAGCACCCAAUUAUGGUCAGACACGUGAAGCGUCUCCAAGCCCUUGGUCUGAAGGACCCAUGGGUUAGGUAAGUCAAUCUCUCAAUACAGAGACGUUAUUCUUGAAUGCCUUCCGUCUGCUAACCGUUGAGCCAAAACUACCAGUCCGUUCGUGCAAGUCCGUAGGUUCCUGUGCAAAGCAUUUGUAGGCCGACAGAAGGUCGAUAUGCCUGUGAAUCAAGCGCUUACAAGUGCUGCAGACUGAUCAGUUCACGGCCUACCCUACAGUGCGCGACCGAUCUCAUGAAGUGUUGGCCGAAAUUCUGAAAUUCGUUUCCGAUCAGGAAGGAUUACUUAGGUGGGGUUGUAAUACUGAUUAGCGUGCGGCAUAAUCCUAUUGCAUUUCGGACUCGCCAGGAUGUCGGCUUUUGGAUGCACUCCUUCUUGACCUCCUACAGAAACCGUACUUUGUAAAAAGAUGACUACUUAAGUAGCAUGCAUUUUUCCUCAGGAUUUUCGAUGGUCUUAUAAAUUCAAAUAUUUUUUAUAGAAAACGUGUACAAAAUAUGCUUUCUUUUACUCAUUUGGUAGAAAACAGCACUGUCUUUGUAUUUUACGCAAGAAGAAAGUGUAUAUUUAGUUUUUAAAAAGGUUUUCCAGUCCCCGAAUAUUUUUAAGUCAGAUCUGCCAUUGCAUUCAGCGAUUUCAGUCAACAAGGUGCAUGCAUUCCGCGUAAGGAAAAUCAUAUAUUCCUCUAUGCCCUUAAGAAGAUACCACUUAGAGUUCAUAAAAUUUCGCAAUGGAUCCGAACUGUACUGUACAUUUCAUGAACGGCAGUGGUAAACGGACAUGCGCGGUCCUAUAUGCAUGGACAUCGCACGGUCUUGAAAAUCUCACAAUUAGAAACUUUUUUAAAACCCAAGCGUACACUUUCUUCUUGCGUAACAUACAAUGUUAUUUUCUACCAAACAAGUAAAAGAAAGCAUAUUUUGUACACGUUUUCUAUAAAAGAUAUUUGCAUUUAUAAGACCAUCGAAAGUCCUGAGGAAAAAUGCAUGCUACUUAAGUGGACAUUUUUUACGGUUUCUGCAGGAGGUCAAGAAGGAGUGCAUCCAAAAGCGGACAUCCUGGCUAGUCCGAAAUGCUAUAGAAUUAUGCCACACGGUAAUAAAUAUUACAACCCCACCUAAGUAAUCCUUCCUGAUCGAAAACGAAUUUCAGAAUUUCGGCCAACAUUUCAUGAGAUCUGUCAAGCACUGUACACUGGGUACAGGCAAUCUCCUUCGCGGCUGCGGCCUCGGGAGUUAAGGUGGCGAUUUGUGACAGCGGGUCGCAAGGCCCCACGGUCGACCAUUAACCUGUGCGCCAUGCCACCUGUCGCCUGGUACGGUGAUACCAGGUUGUCUGCCCAACCUUGACUUGUCUUUGAUGUUCAUGAACCAGUUGCGUAUGGCGACUGUGGACCGGUGUGCAAUACGGAUACCAAGCCGCGCAACAUUACGGGAGCUUUAAAAGGCCCAACAUUGGGUUACAUGCAAUGGGAUUGAUUAAGUCCUGGGAACAGUAAUUUUCCGGAUUACCCGCACAGAAGUCGGGUUUGGAUGCGCCGAAGGACGUGUAAAUGCCACUUUCAUCUGACCUAUAUGGUUAAUGUUGGAAAAUCGGCUGAAUCAAACCUAGUUUUCAAUUAGAUCGUGCGUUCUGGAUAAUCUUUGACAGCAGAACGUACAAAACUUCAGAUGCCCCCCUCUUAACAAUGCACAGCUUUAUCCUUAAAGUCUCGGCUCAAACUUAUUAAGGGUAUCCACAAGAACCUCUCUCUGGAGAUGGCAAUAGUAAUUUAAUGAGGAAAGUGUCCCCACGAUUCAGCUACUUUGUACGACAGUUUGACCGCCGAUUCGGACGAUGCCCACCGCAUUGCCUAUAGCGCGGUGGACGCAUGGACGACAACUUACACACGGAUCGGUUUAUAGCGAUAGUAGACUUGCGAUGCAUCCACCGCACUCUCCCCUCCUCUCCCACCUGAGCCUGGCGUUAUGACAGGGUCAAGAAGGCCGAAGACGUUGGAGGGUGCGGGUGGCUGGUCCGGCGCGAACCUGCACCUAGGCGUGCCAUCACACCCCAUGCAUGGUAUUCGUUAUGGUUCCCCUGUCAAAUGAAGCAUACCGAACUCCGAUUUAGCUCCCGUGUUGGCCCAGUGCAGGCUCGUUUAAGGGCUAUGGUUAUUUCAUACGCAGUCUUUCUGCCCAACGUUGCGGUCAUAUGCGAAACUCAACAGAAUUUAAGGGACGCAAUUCUUCAAAUUCCUGUUCUCUAACUCACAGGCUUCUGUCGUUGCAGACCACCGCCCUUCUAGCUGUUUAUCUUCAUCAGUUUUCUGCCAAGACACAGCAAUUCUCAAUGAUCAGAGCAAAGUGCGGACUGUGGUCCGAUGACCGGGCAGAGUGCGCAACCUGUCCACGUUUCCCACUCCACGAUUACACCAGGCGCCCAUCCAACUUAAUGUGUACUGUGAUCCCCCGAUGAACUGACCCAAUUACCGUGUAGUUACAACCGGGAGUAACCUGUUGUUCAGCAUCACCGUAUGGUUCUUGCCUAUGCCUGUUUGACCCAGGGAAAUAGCACACCUACUGAAUCGCAUGUCGUAUGCCGUGAAAACAACUUACGGUUACACUAGUUUUUGAAAUCCUUUUAAUGAAAUCAGAUAACAGGUGGUGGUGCGUACGCUAGCUUUUGCAGCUGGACUUCCGUCUGGGCGCCUGUCAUUGGCUAGGCGACUACCGUGCGCGCGUGGCCCCGGGGCCACACGGACCGGUGAUUGGCUUAGUGCGGCAGGGCGCUCGACGGGAGAGAGAGUUGUCAUACUAGAUUAGCAUGUCACAAUAUAGGUGCAUUUCUAACUCUUCACUCUCCUGCACGCGGACAAUUCGAUUGUCAAUUUCUGCCUUCCGAUGAGCCUUCUCUGUCCAAAACUUGCUCCGUUGGUUGCUGUAGUAAAGAUGGGUUCCGUUAAGUGUACCGCAAGCUAAAGAGUGGCCAACGGCAUACUCAACAGUAUACUACUCGAAGCAAAUUUAUUGUCAACCUUUAUAUCUUUUUUUGUUUCGGCUCGCGGUUUUUCACUUGCCAAGUACAGUGCGUGACCGAUCUCAUGAAAUGCUGGCCAAAAUUCUGAAAUGCAUUUUCGACUAGGAAGGAUUACUUAGAUGGGGUUGUAAUAUUGAUUAGCAUGAAGCAUAAUCCUUUAGUAUUUCGGACUCGCCGGGAUUUCGGAUAUUGAAUGCACUUCUUUUUGAGCUCUUGCAGAAAGCACACUCGGCAAAAAGUGACUACUUAAGUAGCAUGCAUUUUUCUCUUGAUUUCCGAUGGUCUUGUAAAUUCAAAUAUUUUUUCAUAUAAACCAUGCGCAAAAUUAUGCUUUCUUUGACUCCUUUGGUAGAAAAUCACAUUGUCUUCAUAUUUUAUGCCCGAAAAAGUGUCUUUUUAGGUUUGAAAAAGUUCCCCGAUUCCCGAAUAAUUUUGAGCCCGAUCUGCCAUUGCAUUAGCCUUUAGCGACUUCAGUCUACAAGAUGCAUGCUUUCCGCGUGAGGAAAAUCAUACAUUUCUCUACGCCCUUAAGAAGAUACUAUCUAGUGUCCAGAGAAUUUUGCAAUGAAUCCGGACUGUGCUGUACAAUUCAUGAGAAGCAUUGGUAAACGGACAUGUGCGGUCCUGUAUGGAUGGACAUCGCACGGUCUUAAGAAUCUCACAAUUAGAAACUUGCUAAAACCUAAAUAUACACUUUCUUCGGGUAGAAAAUAUAAAGGAGUAAAAGGAAGCAUAGUUUUGUCCAUGCUUUCUAUAAAAAAAUAUCUGAAUUUAUAAGACCAUCGGAAAUCAAUGGGAAAAAUGCAUGCUACUUAAGUAGUCAUUUUUUUACCGAGUGUGCUUUAAGCAGGAGGUCAAGAAGAAGUGCAUUCGAAAGCCGACAUCCUGGCGAGUCCGAAAUACUAAGGGAUUAUGCUGCAUGCUAAUCAAUAUUACAACCCUACCUAAGUAAUCCUUUCUAAUCGAAAACGCAUUUCAGAAUUUCGGCCAACAUUUCACGAGAUCGGUCAUGCACUGUGCAGAAAUACUGCUUCUUCGCAUUGGCUUUGGCUUUUAAAAAGGGGCAUUUUGACUACAGGUGUCACCAACCUGCUCCCCUAUGUGAGUGUGAUUUAUUCAUAAAUUUGAGGUCGAUUCUGCGGAUUUCGUCCCCAUUGCACUCGGCGCAUAUUCCCAGCGAUAAACAAUCUGACGCACAUUUAAACUAUUACGGUGCUCUAGAACCUGUGGCCUGGAGGGCUGCAAACGGCCGGGAUAACUCGGUCAAGCUUAAUUGGCUCCAUACUGUGGCACAUCCACUCAGAUGGGAUCCAGCCCGCAUUCCCCUUGUUGCACUGGUGAAAGCCUAGUCUAUCGUGCACACCCGGCCCAGGUGGGGCAGGAGAGGGUGCGGUAGAUGGAGUGCAAGCCUGCUAUUACCAUAAACUAAUCCACGCGCAAGUCACCGUGCCUGCGCCUUCCCUACCGUGGGGAACACAGGCACCGUCUGUAACGACGGUUGGGCUGUCAUUUCGGGCAAACUAGGUUUACUAACUUCAGUAGUACCAGGGGGUGCUCGGUGACCCUGCGACCAGCCGAAUGCCCCUAGUUCGUACUUAGAGUAGGAAAUAAUAGGCCGCGAUGAUUUAUAACAGAUACGACAACGCCGUCCAACUUGGGAGUGACGGUGAGGCCGUAAUGACUCCCUCUCAGUAUGGUUUCUAUGGCACUCUCACGUAUUGAUCAUCCGGGGCACUCCCUCCUUCUUUGAAGUGUUGUUCGUUUGAACUUUGAGGCCACGUCGUGCGGCCCCCGCCCAUCCCCAGUCGCCUUAAUUUUGUCUUGCUGUCAGCUCAAGUCCUCUACACUGCCUCCGUCAGGCGCAUACCUUUACUGCACCCUGACCCCAGAUUGGUGGACCUCCUCGCCUGCAAGGGAUGACCAAUCACCGCCCACCUGGCUCUGCUGCUUCCUGUGCAGCCGCAGUCUUCAAUUAGGGAAAUAAAUCUACCAGGCUUCCCUAGUUGUUAGGCUAAUUUCAUCAAUCUCCCUCCCCCCGAACGGUCCGGUAGGACUAGCUCUCCUUCCUUACGUCAUCCCGCCAGGUAGGCAGUAGGUAAGUUAUACUAGCAAGAAAGGUUGAGGGAAAUUUAGUCUCCCACGUCCUGAGUCCUUAGAGGCUCCCCAAAAUCAUGUUCACAGACAGGUUCCGGACUGUAGACAAGCUAAAUCGGUUGCCCAUAAGCUAUUAUCAGUCAUAUUAGGCAGUCAUUCCCGUCCCUUUCAGUCCAUUUUUUACCACCUCUUGUUUUCUUGCCCGCAGGAAUUAUGCGUGGAUCUACAAGGUCUACAGGACGCCACUGCAGCUCUGUACUGACAUCUUCUUCAGACGCCUUCCCCAUGGCUUUGCUCUCGCUGUGGCCUACACCUUUGCACAGAGCGCCUUCCUCAAGUGGUACAACGAAAAUGGCUAUGGGGAAGCCCAUGCCCACUAG